AUGGAGACAGGACACGACCCUGAGGGGCAAAACCGGAGCCUAAUGGAGGCUUUCGACCACAUCUGCGCAGCAUUUUGGGAGCAGAUCAGACUCUGUGCAAAAACAGCGGCAGGCCUCUCCUCACAGAAGGCAGACACAGCCACUCCUAAGCACGGCACGCUGGAGGGGACAGGUGAGCACCCUAAACAGCAGCAACAUUCAUUUGACCGUCCGGAGAUGAAAAUCAGGGGGGGGGGGGAAGUCAGGGCCCACAGCGCAAAUGACGCAUCCGCACCCUACAGAGGAGACAGAAGAGGCGCCCACAAAACUUGACACAGAAGAACUGCUUCACACACAGGCAUGGCGCCCCAACCUCCCAGGGACCGGCACUCAGACUCAACUGCCCCUCCAUAACAGCUGA